CUUUCUCAACUCACGUCGCAAACCUCAACUUCAGCUGACCGUCGACAAGUAAGAGAGUGAGUGCGGCUCUCUUUUCAUAUUACCAUGCAAGGCUUUGUCGCUCGUCAGAGAACCGGCAGUCCUGCCGCUGGUCAGCCUCAAGGCAAGCCCGACCGUCAAGCCAAUGCAGCAAACGCGAGGGUAUCAAUAAAAAACGGACAUUCCGUUCAGCAACCUCAAGCAGUUUCUGGUAUUCCGGCGCGCGGACUCAACAUUACCCAAAAUAGCUCCGCCAUCUUACAGCAGCCUCUCCAAAAUCGACAGUUAGGUCCGGGUCCAAGUCAGAAGCGUGAUCUCUACGACACUGAUGCAGAGAGUCUUGACACUACUGUGAACCCAUCUAUCGUGCAAGUCGAAGACAGUCAACAGAAAGAGCAGCACUACCCACGGCAAGGACAUGUCGUCAACCUUGGUGGCGCUUCGGAGAUAGAGGGAGAGGGCGAAGAGUGUCGAGACGAGUCGGACUAUCCGGACGACGAGUCUGAAGGUUAUGAUGACGAACUGCUGCAGGAUAAUCAAGGUUUCAUGGGUGCACACGGACUUGAACAUCUUCCGUACGAUGAUCAAGUCGCCUUUUUGCAAGAGGUAGGGCGCGGUGCGCUCCCAACUGUCCGAGGUGACUCGUAUCCCCCGACCACCAAUGGUGAGCCGUCCGAGUGGGAAGGUGGACAGGACGCACUCUCCAACUUCCACAACGAGCUUGCCCCCAUUUCCCCACCGCCUCAGCGGCAGAAUGUAAACAAGCAAGCUGCACGCAUGACGGCGCCCCAUGCCCUGCAACAACAGCAAAUGGGAAACGUACCAAUUGCCCACCAGAACACGCAGCAGCCAUCGGGUUUGUUUCGGCAUGGUGCACAACUCCGCGAGCAGUCUCGCACUGUUGCGCCUUCUCUGCAGGCUGGAGUUCAGAAUGCUCAGCAAUAUGUCCUUGCCCUUCCAGCCAGUCAGCAUCAAACCCAUCCUCCGACCAAGCCGAACAGCACUGCCAACCUACCGAUGUAUUCGGGUUCUCGCCCUAGUACCAAGGUGCAGCCCAGCAAAUCUCAGCAAAACCUUUUUCGGCAGUCUUCUGGCCAUUGGACGCAGCCUCCACCAAAGAAGAAUGCCAUGCCCAGUGAGUCGCAUGCGCCUCUCAAGCGCCAACCUCCAGUACCAGCUAUACAAGAACCAGUAACGCAGGAGCAACUGGUCGAGCAAGCGCCAAUCGAGGAGCUCGAAGCCGUCUCACAUGAAGAUUACGAUGACAAGACGCUGUUCAGGAUGAGUUACGAGGAGCUCAGGAACGAGAGCUUCGACACUAAUCCUCGCGCCCGGCCGUCUGUACUCGCAAAGGAAGAUCUUCAGAAGCCUCUGGUUGAGCGUCUAGAGUUAGUACAGCAGAAUCUAGAUGCCGUUCAGCAAUCCGAAUUUUUCCAGGCACUACCCACCACCGAGUGGGAGGAUGCUGGCGACUGGUUCCUCGAUCGGUUUCAGGACAUCAUCCAGCGCACAAAGGAGGCAAGGCAAAAGAAACGCAAGCUGGCCCAGGAAUUUGAGGCAGACGUCGAGAAGCGGCACGAGCACGUUUCAAAGAGACAGCAUCAAGUUCAGCAGGCGAUGGACAAGAUGAAGGCGCAAGGCGAAGGUCUAGUGCCUAGGAGUCCAAGACCUAGGAAAGGAUAAGAGCGAAACUCCUGGAGCUGUCGUCUCCUCUUAAUACCAUCUGAUGUUUACACGGCGCACCGCAAUGAUGGCUGUCAUAACAGGAUGACUGUGUACCGGCGCAAUGAAACUGUUCGAUGCUACCUUGUGUACCUUAUACCCGCACAUCAUUUCACAUACUUUUUCAAAAUAGCAGCAUGUGCCAUACCUUCUCUCUUGGGGUGCUUUUUCUGUUACUAUCACAUCAGCUCCAAUCGCCAGAGCUUAAUUACGUACCAGCGUUCUCUAAUAUCUUCUCUACUAUCAUAUUGUAGAUGGCUUGUCCAUCAAAACCCAAGCAACUCGCAUUGCCA